UUUGUCUUGGGAGCAUUUCAGAUCUAUGAACAAACUGUCAACCAAGAUCCUUACAAGGCAUCUUAUGACUUUAGGAGCCCAGCAUUAAAGCUAACGUUUGAAUUUCAAAGGGCAGUAAAAGUAUCUCAUCAAAGACUGCGAUCGGCAUCCUCUGUAUCAAACAAAUAUUCUGAACAGCACGAGCAUAUGCAUGAAAACUCUCACGAAGAAGAGGAGGACGUGGACUCUGUCAAGGAAAUAGUCAAAGAUAUGCUAAAGGAAGUAAGCGAAAAUGCAGACCAGUUGGAAGAAGAUAUGCAGCAAAACAUGAUUUUAUUUUCAGCUGAUAAUGCAAAGGUGGAAACAGUAUUAAAACUUGGAAGAGACAAUCCAAACGAGGAUAUGAUUAAUGCAAUUGUAGAUCAAGACAACAAUGAAUACGUCUUGAUGAGGCCCUCAGAUACAACAGUGAUUAUCGAAGAUCUGCAAUUGAUUCAUGAUUUCGUCUUGAUAUUAAUCACCGCAUUCGUAUUUGGCUGGGUUUUUUCUUGCAUUGGUUUACCUGCUUUCUUUGGGUACAUUCUGGCUGGUGUUAUUAUAGGACCAUCAGGAUAUAAUCUUAUACAGGAACUUAUCCAAGUGGAAACAUUGGCUCAGCUGGGUGUAGUGCUCAUCGUGUUUGUGCUUGGUCUAGAAUUUUCUUUGGAAAAGAUUAGAAAAAUGUGGAGAAUAGCCCUUGAAGGUGCUGUUACGUUGCUUUUGGUUACCGUAUUGUUCUUUCUGCUGAUGGCCUAUAUGCUCGGAGCUGACUAUAAAGAGGCUAUCUUCGUAGGAGCAUGCAUCAGCUUGAGCUCGACCGCUGUAGUAGUGAAAUGUAUUAGGUUAGACCAAUUAGAUCAUCUUUAUGGUCUACUGGUUAUGCAAGACGUCAUUUUAGGAUUUAUGCUGGCCAUCAUCCCUGCCCUUUCAAACACAGGAAUUCAAGUAGCAAUUGCCGUCUUGAAGAUAACUGUGUCCUUUACGAUAUUUGGUCUUGUGUGUUAUUCCAUUGUUAAGUUGAUACCUAUUGCUCCUCGUAUACUUCAGAAGACGUUACCUGUACAGCUUAUUAUGAAAAACCACGAACUUAUGCUGCUAGGCACAGUUGCUGUUUGCAUGACCAUGUUGAUUAUAUCAGAAUAUUUAGGGCUAGGCAUGGAAUUGGGAUGCUUUGCAGCUGGCGUCAUUAUUAGAUCACGUAAAGAUAUGUAUGAAACUUCACUCGAUGUCAUUGAGCCUGUACGCGAUUUGUUUGCUUGUUUGUUCUUUGCCGCUAUUGGUCUACACACGUACCCUUCUUUUCUAGCCUCUGAAGCUAUGCUAUUGCUUAUCUUAGCUAGUGGCGUUAUCGGCUUCAAAUUUAUUGCAAUGUGCAUCAUUCUAUAUUUAUUUAAAUUUGACAUACACAAAUCCUCUACCAUGGCAAUUGCGUUGGCACAAGUAUCUGAAUUUGGGUUUGUGCUGGCAUCACGAGCGAAGCAACUCUCUAUUAUUUCUCGUGAAGUUUACUAUCUCUUACUGGCUGUCACCUCAGUUACCUUGAUUGCAACACCUCUUCUUUUAAAAUUGACAAAUCAUCAGCAGCCACCUACUCAGACCCACCAUGGUUAUCAUCGUGAAGAUCACAGCAUCAUUUCAAUUGUUGUAGCUGAUAAUGAAAAAGAUGCAUGAUUACCUCUCAACUUUUGUAUAGACUAAAAAAAAGAGAGAAGUAUCUCCUAUUACUAUCUUUAUACACAUCUUCUCCC